AUGAGGGUUGGAGACAUAGCAUACCUCAAGCUUGAUCAAUUUGAACCAGCUUGGCGACAAGGUUUAGUGGUUGCCAGUAGUCCAAAGAGCUCUCGACUGGUCUUGGCUGUCCGCUGCACCACUGCGGAACUCCGCGAAAAGGGAUCUGGCUUGUCAUCGUUUGAUUGCAAAGAAUGUCGGUACAUCCUAGUCGAAGGGAGGCCGGCGCAGAUCAGAGCGUCGUGCGACCAACCGCUUCGAGGCCUAGAGGUCUCGACGGAUGCCCUGCUGAAGACAGCCCUAGAGGCAUUAGAUUCCGAAGAUUUGCAAUAUGCCACGGCUUCAGAGGACCUUCCCAUCACUACCCCUGCAGCUGGCAGCAAAAUGGGCCAACAGCCGGAGUUGUUGGGGUCUGGGACGGAAAGCAGCUUGGAGGAGGAUGGCAGCGGCGACGAGCUUAUCCAACUUCUGCAGAGAGCCAAAAGAACAGAUCUCGGGAAGGCUUCAAGUUCCGACAGGCCAGCAAAGAUUGGACAUCAGGCAAAGGGUCGAUACCCGUUCUUGACCCAUCAAAGCCGGGAAGCCAAGGGUUCUUCAGAUGGCGUCCAGAAGCUCUUUAAAAAGGCCUUGUCGGCCGACCCUGCAGCAGAGCUCACCACCACGAACCUCAAUGCCUUGAUCUCCAUGGAGCUGUUAAGGACUCUGAAAGGAAAGGAGCGAAGACGCGAUCGAGUCAGCAGUCCAGCAGGUUCAGAUCGCAGCGACGACAGCAGCCUGGAGUCUUCGAGCAGCCGUGGGAAAAGGGGGGGUGCAAGCAAAGCUCUCAGGGCCUACAGACAGGGCCACAGAGAGAUGAGGAGAAAUCCCAUGCGCCAUGUGAAGAGAUACAUAAAAGAGGUCGAAGGCCAUUUAGGUGCCACAAAAGAAACAGCCUACGCCUUGUCAGACUUCACUCGACGACUGAAUUGGGGAAGGCAAAGGACCCUUUUGAGGGUGCAUUUUGCGCUGUCAGAAAUCCUUCAGACCUUGUUGAAGAACCAGCCCGAACAGGCAGCCUUAGAGUUGGUACAGCUGUUGAGGGCAGUUCACCAAUGCAGUCUAGAUCAAGGAUCUUGGAAGACCGCAUGGCUUUUGCUGAGGUACACAGACCCUGUGGAAGUUCCCAGAUUCGGUGGCGAGCCGCAAGAGCUGGAAAGGGUGGCGGGCUAUCUCAAGGCCUUGGAAAAUCUCGAGAAGAAGUCAAAGGGCGCUCCAAGGGGAGAGCACAACGAGGACGAAGAGAAGAAGGGAAAAGGCAAGAAAAGCUGGAACAGAAAGCCCGAUGCGAGCCAAGAAACAUGA